AUGGCGGAGGUUGCUCUAGCUCCCUCAUCUCAAUUAGUGACCCACCGCUCCAACCCCACAAAGUACUUGACGAUUACACUUCCAUUGCGCCGGUCUAUAUACUCGCCUCCUUCCUCUGCAACAUUUCCUACGGACUCACACUGGUCCUCCAAGGAAUACUCUAGGACAGAUUCCGACUUGAUACCGAAGCCUCGAUACUUAGGGACCUCAUAUACAACAUAUUCGCCUCCAAGGACCAGUGUUGUCGAUAGAUUUGGACGAGAGGAUCAGGAUCGAGGACGACAAAACAACGUUUCGCCGUCGAUGCUUCUCAGUUCGCCCUCUUCAUCCUUUAUUACUCGAGGACUUCCCCCGAUCAUCUCACCGAUGGACGCCCCAAUGCAAGGUUAUGACCAGAGGCCUUCGUCUCCAAGGACGGUUCCAAGUGGGUAUGCCGAUGCUUCGAUGGAAAUGGGUGGACCAAGUGACCUAGCACCUCGCAAGAGGUCGAAGGUCUCACGAGCAUGCGAUGAAUGUCGCAGGAAAAAGGUAUUUUAG